CUUACAAAGAGUGAGUGAAAAAAACCUGACACAAAAAUAAUACAUGCACUAUGAUUCCAUUUAUAUAAAGUCUGUCAGAAGUCUAGGUAAUCAUUAUUUUUGGGACGUUGGAAGCAGGUACUGGAAGGGGACAGGAGGGGGGGUUCUGGGAUACAAUGUUCUUUAUUUCCUCUAAGUUCCUGUUAUAUGGGUUUCUCCAGUUUGUGAAAAAUUAUUCAGAUAUACCCAAAUCAAAAAGUUAAAACUUAAACAAAUAAAAAUAAUAAUUGCAAUGGAUCACUUUAUUUAAAACCAAGGAGGUCACAAUGAACUCCUGUCUCCCCACCCCCUAACCCCUGCGCACGCAGACGCACAAUGAAGUGAAACCUCAUUGGCUGGGAUCAGUGACGCACUUCUGAAAGCCGCAGCUUAGCACCAUCUUUUCCAUCUCCUGCUCGUCUGCCUUCCCGCCAUCUGGCCUCCACAAGAUUCAGCCCGGUGGUGUUAGCCCCCUGGGCUUGAUUCGUGAGGCAAACAGUGUCCCUUAAGGUCGGCAACAGCCUCUUCUGGGUUCACUGCAGUCCAGCCGGCUCCCUACCCGCCGCCAUUAUGAACAUCCGCAACGCUCGGCCAGACGACCUGAUGAAUAUGCAGCACUGCAACCUCCUUUGCCUUCCUGAGAACUACCAGAUGAAAUACUAUUUAUAUCAUGGCCUUUCCUGGCCCCAGCUUUCUUACAUCGCUGAGGAUGAGGACGGGAAGAUUGUGGGCUAUGUCCUAGCCAAAAUGGAGGAGGACCCAGAUGAUGUCCCGCAUGGCCAUAUCACCUCACUUGCCGUGAAGCGUUCACACCGGCGCCUCGGCCUGGCCCAGAAGCUGAUGGACCAGGCCUCCAGGGCCAUGAUAGAGAACUUUAACGCCAAAUACGUGUCUCUGCAUGUCAGGAAGAGUAACCGGGCAGCCUUGCACCUCUAUUCUAACACCCUCAACUUUCAGAUUAGUGAGGUGGAACCUAAAUACUAUGCAGAUGGGGAAGAUGCUUAUGCUAUGAAGCGGGAUCUCUCGCAGAUGGCAGAUGAGCUGAGACGACAAGUGGACCUGGAGAAGGGAGGGUAUGUGGUCCUGGGCUCCAGGGAGAACCAGGAGACCCAGGGCAGCACACUUUGUGGUUCUGAAGAGGCCUGUCAGCAAAAGAACCCGGAUACCGAACAAAGUAGCAGUGACAGCAAAGAACCUAAGGAGUCUGUGGAGAGCACCAACGUCCAAGACAGCUCAGAAGGCUCGGAUUCCACCUCCUAGAGCAUGCUUAAGCAUUGCAGGUCCUCAUGUCUCAACCACAUCUACCCUGUGAACCCUGGCUUAGUCUGUCUGCUCUGCAGCAUCUGCUGUGGGGAUCAUCUCACAGUGACCAAAAUGGCUUCUUACUCUCAACUCUAAACGACCACCUUUCACGUAUCCUGCUGGGAUCAUGAAGGAAUACCUGGACACAAGAGCUGCUGCACAACAGCCAACAAAGUUUGAGACCUGCCAUUACAGAACCUUUCUUGGCCUACUCACACCGUGCUGCCGUUUUAUUCUGUUUGUAGUAGUCCUCUGUUGGGUGUGGUUAUCCUGCAAGUUUUUCUCCUUUUAGAAUGAUGAACAGGAAGCAGGGCAAACUCUUAAAGCUUUCCAACUUUCAGUUAUUUGUUUUUUUUUGUUUUUUUUUUUUAACCAUUAUUUACCUGGGUUUUCAUCCAUAUUUUUUUGCCAUUAUUUUACCUGAGUUUUCAUCCUUGAGGAGGUGAGGUAGUCAGGACCAUGAAGUCAGACCUUAUGCCCCCUUCCUCCUCUUUCCUGGAAGAAGUAUUCUGUUUCUUUUUCCUUUCUCUGGGAACUCCUCCUUUAUACUAUUCCCCCACAACCUUUUUUUUU